AGUCACGUGAUUUCCUUAUGUGUUGACGCGGCCUGAUGCGGAAGUUCGCUGUCACUUGCGGUCAUUCAUGAGCACAGCAUCAUGUAAAAAGCUGAGUUUCAAAGCGGCUUUCUGGCAGCUCAUGGCAGCAGAGGAAGCUGGAGCUGUGGCCCGGGCUCCGGCCUGUCUGUGCCUCCUCUGCGGGCUACCUGCUGCGGGGAAGUCCACCCUGGCCCGCAUGGUCGUCAACAGCGCUGCACUGCAGGGAUGGAGAGCCAGUGUGGUGCCGUAUGAUGACCUGAUCCCCGAGCAUGCUUUUCAGGCCAGAGAAGUAGAGGACGGUGUCAGACUGCAAGAAAUGCACACUGAAUGGAAGGUACACAGACAAGCAGUUUUACGGUGCAUCGAUCAGUUCUUGGAGAAACAAGUUUUGGCCGAGCUGCCGAGCGGCUGUCAGAUCAACGGGGCUGCAUGGGAACAGUGCAUCCGAGCUGUACGGCAGCCUGAAGCUUUGGAUCGCUCUCAGACCGACUGGGCUCCGCUGCUCUUUCUGCUGGAUGACAACUUCUACUAUCCAAGCAUGAGAUAUGAAGUGUACCAACUCGCAAGAAAGCAUUCGCUGGGUUUCUGCCAGGUUUAUCUGCACUGUGAUUUGGAGUCCUGCAUCAGCAGAAACCAGAGCAGGCCUGAACCCAUUCCCAGAGAGGUGAUACUGGAGAUGGUGAAGCGUUUGGAGUCUCCAAAUCCUCAGAAGAACUCAUGGGAGAAAAACAGCAUUUUGCUCAACACCACAGACAGUCUGUCCAAAUGUGACAUCCAGAGGGUGAUGGAGUUGAUCUCCUCUGCUCUGAGCAAACCACUGAGCCCGGUUGUGGACAACACUGAACAAACGGAGGCUGACCGUCUGAAAUGUGCCAAUAGUGUGAUACACCAGGCUGACCAGGCCUGUCGACGGCUCAUUUCGGAAGCCAUGAAAACAGCCAGAGAAAAUCAAGUACCCCCUGACCAUAUGAGGUCUUUGGCCACUCAGCUGAAUGAAUCCAAAGCAACAUUUCUUCCCAACCUGCGGAGGCAGCUGCUUCAGAAUACGUCUUUCACUCAAGAGGAGGACAUUGACGUGGAACGUGUCGUGAAAAGAGCAGUCGACGUCUUUGAUCGGGAAAGAGAGGAAAUCCUGUUGAGGGUCAUGAAUGAAAAUAAAUGAUUAAAAAUC